UUCUUCCCUGUUUUCAUCCCUGCCUUUUCCCUUCUCUCUUCUCUCUUCUUUUCUGUCUCUUCUUUCUCCUCAGCGCUCCAUUUGUUUACUUGGGAACUUCUUCUAACUUCUACUCUACUCUACAUCUCUUUCACUUCAUAUAUUGGAUUCUCCAUAUUUGAGUUAUCGAUCUGGAUCGUCCCGUUGCUGAUCCUUGACCUUUCUCCACCAUGUUGCCCAUUCUCCUGCUUUCCUCCUUCUUGGCCACCACCGUCGUGGCUGGCUCGGAGUACUCGUUGCCCGAGGGCUUCGAUCUGAACCAGAUCAAAUCCACUGACCGAGCUGCCUGGUGUCGCGGCCAGCGCAACACCUGCCCCAAGAUGUGUGACGGUGCCGCCAACGACAACUCGUGUGACACGGAAACCCUCAAGUUUACCUGCACCUGCGAAGAUGGCAGCUCCGCCAAUUCCACCGAUUACAUGCAGACCGUCCCCUACUAUGUCUGCGAAGCCAACUUUGGCCAGUGCAUCUCGCGCUCCCCCGAUCUCGAUGAUCAGGAGAAGUGCAAGACCGCCAAGGAACAGUGCGGCUCGCGCAAUGCCUCGGAGACCUCCACCACCUCGUCGUCCUCGGCCUCCCCCUCGCCGACCGGCACCUCCACCGACAAGGAGGAGUCGGACGCCGGUACGACCACCGGCAGCAGCUCCAGCACCCCGUCUCCUACCAGCAAUGCGGCUGUGCGUCUGAUGCAGGACCACGCCUCGGGUGUGUUGGCGACCGUUCUGUUCGUCGGUCUGCGCGUAUUCUUGUAAGAAAGCCGGUCUCACGGUGAUCACUGGGUGAAAAGGACUCCACGGGGUCCAGUAAUGGGGUGUCUCAAAUGGACGUUUUGUAUUUGACUUAGCCUUGUAUUUUGUUACUAUGCGGGCAUGGGUUUGAUGAACUGCAUGUUUUAUGUAUAAUCGGGAUCGUUGCCCUUCGUCGCUCUCUAAUGGAAUCGUAAUUAUUGAUUCUUCCCAGA